UUUCUAGGUGACUGUAAGGACCCCACCGAACAAACUUCAAUUCACUUUCUCCUCCUCAAAUAUCAUCCCUUAAUCCUUCACAUUCCAGAGCUCAACAACUCACUAUGGAUUCAGCCAACUUCCUUCUCUCUGUUUUUUUCUUCUUCUUCACUUCAUUUCCAUCUCCUUCCACUUCAUCUCCACCAUUUUUCCCGCCCGAAGCUCUUCCGACCAAAUCCGGCUAUCUUCCGGUCAACCCCACCACCGGCUCUGCCAUUUACUUUGCCUUCUACGAAGCCCAAACCCCAAUUUCCCCCAUCUCAAAAACCCCUCUUCUUAUUUGGCUCCAAGGUGGCCCUGGCUGUUCUUCCAUGGUCGGCAAUUUCUUCGAGCUCGGUCCAUGGCGGGUAAAUUUCAACAAACAAAAAACCGAACCCAUUUCCCUUAUCCCCAAUCCCGGCUCAUGGAACCGAAUAUUCGGCCUCCUAUUUCUCGACAACCCAAUUGGAACUGGCUUCAGCAUUGCUACAACAAAAGAUGAGAUCCCCAAAAACCAAUACUCUGUUUCUAGGCAUCUUUUUACAGCAAUUUCAUCAUUUAUUGAGCUUAACUCAGCGUUUAAGAAUCGACCCAUUUACAUUACAGGGGAAAGCUAUGCAGGGAAAUAUGUUCCUUCGAUUGGGUAUUACAUUUUGAAGAAAAACCCCAGAUUACCUUAUGAUAAAAGGGUUAAUUUAGUUGGUGUUGCCAUCGGAGAUGGGUUAACAGAUCCCAUUACUCAGGUUGCUACUCAUGGGUUGAAUGCUUUUUAUUCAGGUUUGAUUAAUGAAAAGCAAAAAGAGGAGAUGGAGGUUGCCCAAGUGGAAACUGUGGAGUUGAUCAAAUUGGGGAAAUGGAGUGAGGCUACAAAUGCAAGAUUUAAGGUAUUGGAUUUGCUCAAGAACAUGACUGGUUUGGCUACUUUGUAUGAUUAUACAAGAAAAUCUCCUUAUAAUACUGAUUUAGUGGAUGAGUUUUUGAGUUUCAAGAAGGUAAAAAGAGUUUUGGGAGUUAAUGAGUCUAUGGUUUUUGAAGGGUGUAGUGAUGUAGUUGGGGAAGUUUUGAAUGAUGAUGUGAUGAAGAGUGUGAGAUAUAAAGUUGAUUUUUUGGUUAAGAAUAGUAAGGUGUUGCUUUAUCAAGGGCAAUAUGAUUUGAGAGAUGGUGUGGUUUCGACUGAGGCUUGGCUAAAGAAGUUAAAAUGGGAAGAGAUUGAGAAUUAUUUGGGAGUUGAAAGAAAAAUUUGGAGAGUUGGUGAUGAGUUAGCUGGUUAUGUUCAAAAGUGGAAGAGUUUAACUAAUGUUGUUGUGUUGGGAGCUGGUCAUCUUCUUCCAACUGAUCAAACUUUGAACUCUCAAGCAAUGAUUGAAGAUUGGGUUUUGGAGAAAGGUGUUUUUAGUGACGGUGACGAUGAUGAUGCACAAGUGAAGAAGGCUUCUAGUUUUAAUGAUUUUGGCCUUUGGUGAUGCGAAGAAGUAGGAAAAAAAAGGGUAUCUUUAGUUUAGGCAAUGUUUCCAAAUAAGCUAAAAUUUUCCUUUAAAACAGAGAGUAUGUAUCCAUCCUGGUUUGUUGAAUAUUGAAAUAAAGUGACAUUCCUCUAUGCUCACUUUUAACUUAAA